CGUCUGUUUCCUGUGUGAACAUUCAGAGACUGCACCGAGUGUGUAUCUAUAUCUAUAUCUAUAUCUAUAUCUAUAUCUAUAUCUAUAUCUACAUCUCUAUCUCUAUGCGUGCGGCCCGGGGGUCGCACCGGGGGUCUCUGGGAGCAGCAGCAUGGUGAGGUGUGUGGUCUCCGGGUGUCCGAGCCGCUCGACCACCGUGUCCCCGGGAAUCUGCCUCCGAACCCGGAAGAGGUUCUUCCGCUUCCCCGAGGACCAGGCGCGGGUCAAGGUCUGGCUGGCUGCGCUGAGGGAGACGGACAAGCAGGACUGGGCCGGGCAGCACGUGAUCUGCGAGGACCACUUCCUGCCGGAGGACAUCUCCGGGGACCAGGUGGACAGCGAGGCCAUCCCCAUCAUGCCCCCCCUGGACGGAGCCCUGGGCCUGACCAGCCCCUGGGGGGGGGCCGAGACCUCCGAGGAGGAGGAGGAGGAGGAGCAGUGGACCACCCGAGGCUGCGAGGAGGAGGAUGAAGGUGCAGAAGCUCCUCCUCCUGCUCCUCCUGCUCCUCCUCUUUCACAGCAGGGACCUGAGGCCGGUCUGGAGAAUCCUCCGGGACCCGAGACCAGCAGCGCUGCCCAGCCACAGAGGAAGCGCUCGAACCGACCCGACACGUCUCUGGUUCUGCUGACUCAUGGUUUCCUGGAGCUGCUGCUGGCGGCGCCCGGCGGCUCUCUGGACCUGCGGAUGGUCGCCGCCAGCCUGAAUAUCCGCAAGCGCCGCGUGUACGACAUCACCAACAUCCUGGACGGCGUCAAGCUCAUCCAGAAGGAGUCGACCAACAGGGUCAAGUGGAUAGGGAAGGUUCCCAUCUCCAGCUUCCUGAGGAAGAACCAGCAGCGGUUCCAGAAGGAGCUGGAGAACCUGAAGCUGGUGGAGGACACGUUGGACGGCCUCAUCAAGAGCUGCGCUCAGCAACUCUUCGACAUGACCGACGACCCGGAGACCUCUGCGUCAGCCUACGUGACCCUGGAGGACGUGGGCCGGCUCCGGGUUCUGCAGGAGAAGACGCUGCUCGUCAUCAAAGCUCCGGAGGAAACCAAGCUGGAGAUUCCUGCGCCCAAAGAGGACAGUAUCCAGGUCCACCUGAAGGCCGGGAAGGGUCCCAUCACCGUGGUGACCCGUGAGAUGGAAUCAAUGGACGCCAUGACCUCUGACCCCGGGCGGACGGGAAGCGGCUUCUUCUUAACGCUGGAGGAGAGUCGGGUCAGGACGAGCACUCUGCACAGAGUGUCUUGAGCCUCGUGCAGAGCGAGCGGCCCGCCACCAGAGGGCGCCAGCUGUCCUCAGGGUUCAGUCACACAGGAACCAGAGGAGAUCCGGUUACCGUGGUGACAACAGGAUUCAAACCCACAGGAGAGGGAAGAUUCCUGAUUCCAAACUGCAGCUGAUCACUGUAUCUUACUGUAUCAUCAUACUCUAUUACUGUAUCAUACUCUAUUACUGUAUCAUACUCUAUUACUGUAUCAUAGUUUAUUACUGUAUAAUAUUGUACAUGAUUGUUUUAUUUGUGACUGCUGUUAGUAAUAAAAAGCUGUUUGAGGCUGUGAA